CAGGGAGCCUGGUUGUACAUCCGUGACGAGAGCCAUCGAUCGCCUCACAAAGUCUAGCUCGCACUUCCCAAACUCAUUGUCCGUGGGAGCCACUGAAGAGACGCCAAUGCGCUUGUAUCUGGACAAUAGUGCACCCUGGUAAGUUGGCCUGUUCGGAACUGUUCUGUGUAAUGAGAGCAGCACGCAUGAUCAAGGACAACUUUGCUCCAGGAAACUCUAGACGUCAUUAGUCAGUGUCAUGGCUAUUUGAUUUAUCCAACAAGCCAGAGAUCUGUGUGGAUCGUUCGCAGUUUAUGAUUUCUCUACUUCUCGGGGCUUAAUAUACAAACUGUAGUUAUGUGGUGACAAAAAGGAUGUCUUUGUGGAGAUGUGGAAUUAACAAGACAGAUGAGCCGCGAAGAAUGAGUGAUUGAUUAGGCGUUGUUGUACAAUUUGGAGAAGUAAAAGAGGCAGGCAAAAUGUGAUCUUUACUUUGCCCAAGGAUACCGAGACAGACAUGACUACAUCCACGGCUAUCAUCCUGUGUUUGCUGCUCUUCCCUAUAGGAGGGUACCAAACCCUGGAUGAAAAGAGGUCCAAGAGUCUGACCACAGUCCUACAGACGCUUAUCGACAAAGACAGCAAAGUUCCACCAACCUUUGACGAUGAGAUACCAACGGAGGUUGAGUGCCAAAUAUAUGUGGACAGUUUCGACUCCAUCAAUGAAGCUUCCAUGGACUACACCGUCAGUCUCCUUCUGCACAUGGAAUGGUCAGUUCCAUAUAUCAAAUACCAUUACGACGUACCGUACUUCGAGGUAGACGCCAAAAACAGAGAGAAGAUAUGGGUUCCAGAUCUGUACUUCCCCAAUGAGAAGAAGGCGUCCUUCCACAACAUCAUGAUGCCCAACAAGAUGAUGCGGAUACACAGAGAACAUAAACUAUCCUACGAAGCAAGACUUUCUCUUACCCUGAGUUGCCCAAUGGAUCUCCGGAACUACCCGUUUGACAGACAAAUAUGUGCAAUACAAAUGGAGAGUUUUGGAUUUGAUGCUGAUAAGGUAUUGCUGUCAUGGAGGAAUUCCACCCCUGUAGAUGUGAACACAGAUAUCAUACUGCCACAGUUUGAAGUGGUGGAGACGGAUUAUGGAGACUGUCCACAAACUCGGCGUAGAACGGGUAACCAGAGCUGUCUCCAAGCAGCCUUCCACCUGGAGCGCAACAUCCAGUACUACAUCGUGCAGAUGUACAUCCCAAGUAUCCUAAUAGUCAUUGUCUCCUGGAUCUCCUUUUGGCUCACUGUGACGUCAGUGGCAGGGCGUAUCUCAUUGGGUGUUUUGACUGUCCUCACCAUGACAACACAGAGUUCGGGGGUCAAUGCCUCGCUUCCACGUGUGUCCUACACGAAAGCCAUCGAUAUAUGGAUGUCGACGUGCUUGCUGUUUGUAUUUGCAGCCCUGAUCGAGUUCGCAGUUGUCAACGUUCUUAGCCGCAGUGAACGAUUGAACGGACCAAGAUGCCAACAGCAAAAUACUACCGAGAACGGAAAUGUAUAUAGAGAAACCUUCGUCACCCUGGAGGGUGAAGUUCAGGUUGAAGGCAAAUCUACGCACAGACCAGGACGCAUAACUGGUAUAUCGUGCGCCAUGUUUUUAGAUAACAUGUCGCGCCUUGGCUUCCCCCUGGCGUUCCUAUCAUUUAAUGCCUUCUACUGGAUGUACUACUUGUCAAGUGCAGGAGACAAAACUCAGUCAACGACCAGGCAAUCAGCAGGUUCCUUGAUGUAGCACAAUUGCCAGGGUACAGAUGUACGAGCGUGGUUAACUUUGAAAUGUUCCUAGAUAGAAUAGGACAUGUUUGUACUUUCUUCUUCCGUAGGGGGAGACAAAUCUCACUACUGUCAACCAAAGAAUAGAUGACUUUAUGUAGCAAGAUAGCAAGGAUGUAGACGUACCAGCGUGUUCAACUUUUAAAACAUUCUUUGAUAAAAUAGGAAAUGUUUCUACUGUCUUCUUCAGUCGAGAAGUCCAUACUCAAAUACCUAACAUCAGCCAAAGAAAAGGUAACUUAAUGUAGCAAGAUACCAUAAUGCAGAAGUGCCAGUGAGUUCAACUUUGAAAUUUUCUUUGAUAGAAUGGGAAAUGUUUCUGCGUUCUUCUUUAGUAGGGGAGACACAUGUCACUCAACUAUCAACCAAAGAAUAAGUGACUUCAUGUAGACAACUAGCAAGGGCGGAUGUGGAAGUAUCCAGUGUGUUGAACCUUGAAAUGUUCCUUGAAAGAAUAGGAAAUGCUUAACAUAAAUUGAAUCUACGCAGGGUGAACUGUUUAAGAUUUUGGUAGGUUACAACAUGAAGAUUAAUAGCUGGUGCUAUUCACACUCAACACAACACUCAGAGUGAAAGGACAAAAAGAGUCUGUUGAUGUACAAGGCAAAUCCAGAAAAUGAUCCUAGAAGUGAUAGUAUGUCCACAGGUUCUUGGCUCAGCACAUGGCAAUUAUAAACACCAGUUGGAUUCAUAUGCAUGUUCUGAGAGAUACCACACACAUGUGGUGAUCCCUUUAAACACUGUGAUUACAUAAAUCGUAAUGAUCAUGUUAAUGUAUGUAAAGGCAUUUGUCGGUGGAUGGAGAUGCUACGAAACGGAUACUUCGUACACCCGAUGGUUCAGAGUAAACUCAAGUCUUCAGGAUGAUGUUUUCAUAUGAACCUAAUGUGUGUAAACAUACCAGUACUAUGCUACAUGUACAUUUGUAGCUUUCUGAGGUAUAUAUUACCUACAAUGCGUGCGAAUGCAUGUAUAUUGUUAGCGAGACUUCUUCUUGGGCUAUACAUGUUCAUGCAUUGUACUUAUUUUGUGUCUUAUUAUCCAUAUGAAUAAUACUGAUACUGGUAUGUUAGCCAUAGAGGCAUGGACAUAUGUAAACUUAUUUUCAGUAAUUCUCACCCUUUUGCUUCAUGAUAAUUUGCCGGUUUGUGGCUAUGAUUGUUCCAUUGUUUUCAUUGUUUGCGAAGAUGCCCAUAGCAAAAUGACAUCAUUUGAACGCAUUGUAGCAAAUAAUUGAAGAUGACGUCAUACAUUUUUUAUGUGACGUCUUUCCCACCCUGAGCUAAUGUCUCAAUUUGAGGAAAGGAAACCAACAUUUUUCUACAUUUUCGAAGAAAAAUACAUGAUCAACAUUUCCUCGUAGCUCGUACAUUAUUCUCGACAUAUUAUAAUAUUCUAUACAUGAUCGACAUUCUUUUUUUAUUUCGAGUUUUCUAUUCGUGUCGUACGUUAACAGGUCAGUAAAUGUCUUCAGAUUAUAUCUCUGUGAAUUUACUUUCUUCCUUUAGCACAAAAUGUUUUAUUCUCUAAGAAGAUAGACCUUGAAAUCUUGUAAUUUCUGGCAUUUGUUUGCUGAUUUACUUUCAUUAUUCAAUCAAACAAGAGGAUAGGAACACUCAACAAUGAAUUGGAUAAAGCGAUAUCAACAGCCCCGAGAAUACUUGUAUACACGGCCUAUCAGUAUGUUGUGCAUAUAGCACAACAUUUGCCUUCAAUACACAUUUUGAAUAUCAAAAAUAUGCUGUACUGAAGUAUGAAGAUAUACUGAUAAGAAAAAACAAGCGGCAUGUGCAGUUAACUGGAUUUGCGAAACGAUAUGACCUAUAUUUGAAAUACAAUACCAUAAAAAGGUCCAUGUACACUAAACCAAUAUGUUGAGGACAUAACGAGCAGAAAACUCUUAACAGUAUUGACUUUGCAAAACGAUUUGUUAUGAGAUAAAACAUAUAACUGUUCGUGUAUGUAAAACAAGCUAUACGUGGGUCUCAGAAUUCCAUAAAUUCUGUGGUGCCUCUGUUAUCGCACAGCUCCAUCAUGUCGUUACCAUUAAUCAUCUUCCACUCAUGCAUAGUGUUUGGACUUUCACACGUUUUGAUUGUUUUUGUUGACUUAACAUGUCAUUACAAAGACAUAAUUCCGUACAGUGUAGUAUGUUUUCUAUUAUUUAAAAUUGGCAAUUAUACGAAUAUAUCAUACAUAGAGUAAUAGAUAUAUUUCAAUUUAAUUAUUUUUUAAAUGAUUAUUGUGGCAAAUGACUCAAGCUGUCUAUCAGACCUAAAUAUGUAGGUAGUUCAGGCUAUCAUAUCUAGGCCUGUGCGUAUGGCAUGCACUCAUGGUAUGAUCUAGGUGUGCCAUGUUAUAUCUAGGCAUUUAGGUAUUCUAUGUGGACAAUCACAUCCAGGUCUACUGGUACUUCAAGCUCUCUUAUUUAAGUCUGUGGGUAUUUUAUGCUAUCAUGUCACUGCCUGUAAGUAAUUCAUGCUCUCACAUCUUAGCCUGUGAGUAUUUAAUGCUCUCACAGCUAGACAUGUGAGUAAUUCAUGCUAUCAUAUCUAGGCCUGUGAGUAUUUCAUGCUGUCAUAUCUAGACCUGUGAGUAAUUCAUGCCAUCACAUCUAGACCUUUGUGUAUUUCAUGCUAUCAUAUCGAGGCCCGCGAGUAAUUCAUGCUAUCAUAUCCAGGCGAGUUGGUAUUUCAUGCUGUCAUAUAUAGGCCUGUGAGUAAUUCAUGCUAUCACAUCUAGGCCUUUGUGUAAUUCAUGCUAUCACAUCUAGGUCUAUGAGUAGUUCCUACUAUCAUAUCUAGGUUCCCGAGUAAUUCAUGCCAUCAUAUUGAGUCCCGCGAGUAAUUCAUGCCAUCAUAUUGAGUCCCGCGAAUAAUUCAUGCUAUCAUAUCUAGGCCUGUGAGUAAUUCUUGCUAUAAUAUCUAGUCAUGUGAGAAGUUCGUGCUCUCAUAUCUGGUCCUGUGAGUAUUUCAUGCUGUCAUAUCUAGGCAUGUAGAUAUUUCAUUCCCUAACAUCCAGGGCGGUGGUUACUUCAUUCUCUCACAUCAAGGCACACGUGUAUUCCAUGUUAUCACACCUAGGCUUGUGGGUAUGCCUGCUAUCACAUCUCAUCAUGUCGGUAUUAGCCUGUGCCUGUCAGUCAAUCAUUCUGGUGAGCACAUGCCAGCCUACAGUAGAGGCUAGUGAUCACAUCUAGGCACCGAUGUAUUUUAUACUGAUGAUCACAGAUAAGAUUACAGAAGAUCUGAUCAAUAUUGACCACAUAUUGAUCAGAAAAUGUUUAGACGGUUGCUGAUUGCAAAUCCCAUAAAAAUGCUUCUAUAUCAAUGUUACAAAUGUCAUAUUAGACCGUUCGGAGCAUAUAUAUGUUUAAAUAUUGUCGUUGAAUGCUGCUGUUAAUAUAAUACCAUAAUUUAUAUUUCAUAUUCAUACAGGAAGUCGUUGUUUUGUAUCAACCUGUUUAAACAUGGAAAAUAUAUAUAUAUUUAUGUAGCGCGUGGUCUAUGUGGAUAAAGUAUGCUCCUGAAUUACAUUCACUUGAGGCAUAUUUCAUAAUUAUGUAAGAUGUUCAUUAUUAUAACUUUAAGAUACCACUAGAAUGGCUAUUGGUAGCACUAUCCUUUAUCUGUAUUGAUAAGAUAUUAGACUCUACAUUGUUGUAAUUUGUCAAAAUCAAUGUGCUAGGCUAGCGAAUAAGACAUAUGUUUUCUUAUGUUGUUGUCAUCAAGGACGAAUUACUUAUAUUUACCACUAUGCAAACAUAAUAUAGUUAUGUAGGCGAAUCAUUGUGAUAAGGUUUCAACCCCACUCAAUCUAUACUUUUUUUCACAUUAUACGCGAAAUAUAAUGUACAAAUAGCUUAAAAGAAAACAACGUUUUUUAUAGAUUUACACAAACAUUUGGUAUAAACCCUAACCUGGACAAUUUGUUGGAAAGAGGUAACACAUGAUUGUUAUGACUGGGUUCAUGUGCAUUGCUAUGAUUUCAAGAGAAUGUAUUUGUGAACAACUGGACACUGUAAUAGUCUAUAGGCUAUACAGAAAACAUUAUCAGUGUCUGUCAUAUGGAACAAAAUUGGUUAAAUGUUUGAAAUAUUUCUGUUAGGACGAGUAGAGCAUUAUGAAUGAUACGGAGUACGUGAUGCUAAAUGGUUUGUGGAGUCAAUUUGAAACCACAAUGCUAAGUCGUAACAGAAUUUUUUAAACUUUCCCAAUAUAAGAAUUCUUGCUCGUAACUGGGUAUUUAAGAAGUGAAAUAUAAAAUCCAAUAUAUUGGUAAUUGUUUAUGUAUAAUUCGUUACAUUGUUAAACCUAUGUAUGAUUUGUGUAGAGUGUUUGGCACAGAUUUGUUUAUAACUCUCCACGAAUUGUUUGAUAUUUGAUGGGUUGAAAUGAUGUUUUCCCUUUCUGAUGGGUUCACUUAUGUUACCACCAUAUCCAAUAAAUAUCUGCUUAUUCGA